AGAUACUACAUGUACUACAAAUUAGCUUGAGAUUCAACCAAGAAAAUUUGGUUCAGUGUCUAUUUAAAGAUGGCUACCAGGGAGUUGGAUCAGUUUCUUGAAGAUAUAGAUGAGAAGGUACUGGAAUGUACCAUUUGCUUUAACAGACUUCAAAAUCCUAAAUCCCUCAACUGCCCUCAUACUUUCUGUUUGGCCUGUCUGGAGGACUGGGUUAAGGAGAAUGGUAAGCUGACUUGUCCAACUUGCAAAAAAUCACAACAGAUCCCAAAGGGUGGGCUUCAAAAACUUGCUCCAAACAUCAUUUUGAAUAAUUUAUUAGAAACUAUGGAACGAUAUGAGAAAAGAUAUCAGAUGAAAUGUGUAUGUGAAAAACAAGCAAAAUACUACUGCCAAGAUUGCGAACAUUACUUGUGCAUUUCCUGUAGCGAUCAUCAUAAAAUGUUACCAGUAACGGAAUAUCACAACCUACAUUCAGUGAAAUUAAUGACUCGUCAAGAAUUUGCUUUGCUACAUCCUCGGUUGUGUAAGGAUCACAAGGAACAUUUGGAGUUUUACUGCACAAAUUGCAGAAUUCCAAUAUGCGCGAGAUGUAUGCCUAUGCACCGCAAGGAAUGUGGAGGGAUACAAAAACCAAUUAAAAUUUCAGAAGCAUUUCAAAAUUUCAAAGAAACUGCUACAGAAUUGAAAAAAGAAGCGGAUGAUUUUAAAGACAAUUUACAAAUGGGUCUUGAAGAAGUUCGUAAAAAUUCUAAAAAAUUAGAACAAAGUAAAGCCACCAGUUUGAGGGAUAUUGAUAACCAUGUGCAACAACUCAGAAAAAAAAUUACGGAGGAUGAAAAUAAAAUGAUAAGAAACGUAGAAACAAUGUACAGAAAGAAGAAAGAAAUAAGUGAGAUUCAAAUUAAUGGAUUGAGCACAACUAUAUCUGAUGUAAAUACAAAACUGAAAGUUCUUAAUCAGUUAUUGAAGAGUGAUGAAGCUACAGCAAUGCAGUCAUGUGAUAUAGUUACAGAACUGAAAGAUACACUUAGGGAACAGCCACCUAAGACAAAGCCAAAUGAUAACGGAAAAAUUGUCUUUUUAAAACGAACGAGUUUAUUACAAGAAUAUAACAUAGGACACGUAACCCAAGAAAUGGCAGCAUGUCUACGAUUAAUGCAAGGAAACAGUGUGACCCAAGGUCAACAAAUUGUUGUUAAAGUAAACAAAACAAGUGAAUUUGAAAUAGACGCAAGUAAACUGAAGGCGACAUGGACUCAGCCUACAGGAGAAACCGACAUCACUCCAGUUAAAGAAGAUAACAAUGGAAAUUACUUUGUGACAAGAAAAUGCACAAGUCCAGGUGUUUGUAGUCUAGAUGUGAGUAUUGAUGAUGAACCAAUCAAACAAUCACCAGUGAAAAUAAAAGUAGAGAGGAAAGGAUUAGUAAAUACAAUUCAAAUACGACUUAAACAUGGUAAUGUUAGUGAUGUAGUUAAGUAUGAAUAUGAUUGCUUGCUGAUUUCAAGUUUGACAAAUGAAUUACACAAGUACAAGCAAUCAGGUGAAUAUGUUACUAAGGUUAAACUUCCUAAAGGCGUGGAAGUUAACAGAAUGUAUGUAAUGAAGAAUGGUGAUAUAGCAUUUAGUGAUAAGGGUAAUAAAUGCAUUGCAAUGAUGCAGAGAGAAAUAAGUGGUUUUGCAAUGAUGCAGACAGAAAAAGCUGGUCAUGUGGUGGGCGAACCAAUUGGGCAGGGAGCCUUAAGUGAUCCACAGGGUAUCCAUGUGGAUGAGUCAUCAAAUAUUGUGUAUGUAGCAGAUAUGGGUAAGAAUAGCUGUGUGUUUAUGUUUAAAAUUGAUAGUGGCCAGCAGAUGAGGAGGAUAUGGUCACACAGAAAAAGCAUUGAUGUUACCUUUACAAGGGAUGGGAAUCUAAUAUUGUUGAAUAACAUCAGCAAUCCAUCUCAGAACAUAUUUGGUAUUUUCAGUAAAUCUCCGAAGUUACGGUACAAACCUGUAUUAAAACUAUUUGAUAAGGAAGGAGAGUUUCUGAAAGGCCUUGGUAUAGGUCUUGAUAGUACUUUGAUGAAUUCACAAGGAGUUGUAGUUGAUGAAGAUGGCAACAUCAUUAUAUCAAGUGAACACAAACUGCAGCUAUUCAGUAAUAAGGGAUACUUCAUUGAAAGACUUGAUAAAGAAGAAGAUGAAAUCCUCAAUCCACUUGGAUUAUCCAUAAUUUCAUAUCAUCCACGGAGAUUUGCAGUAGCAGACAAGGGAAACAAUACAGUCAAAAUAUUCAAUUAUUAACUAAUAGCUUAUGGCAGCUGUUGCUCACCUUUCUUUAUAGAAAUAAUGAUAAAUUAACUUUCUAUAAAAGUGUGGCCAGUUUAUCAAAUAUUGUAAUAAAUGGUGUAGAUUUAUAUAGCGCCAAAUCCAUCUAACAUAAGACACUCAGGGCACUUAAUAUGUGGACUAGAAACUCAAUCAUAGACAUUCUUCAUCCCUAAGGG